AAUUAUAUUCUUGAUCUUACAUAGUAAAUACCUAACUUCUAAGUUAUAACUCUUCGCCUUACUGUUACUUACUUUUUAUUAUCCUACUCUUACUCAUCAAACCCUGAAGGCGUACGCGCCAACAGGCAUAUCCAGUAUCGCCUUGAAACCAUGAUUGUUCCUCUGUCGGCGCUGGCUAUUGCUGCCACUGCCCUCUCUGCUAGUUCCGUUCAAGCCCUCUCCGCUUCAGAUAUACCCUCCGAUACUCCCAUCUCGGCCCUGCUCUCCUCGGCGCAAUCACACUUAGCCAAAGGCGAGACAAACGAGGCCUUGACGUAUUACGAUGCCGCUAUCGCCCGUGACCCCCGCGACUACCUAACUCAUUUCAAACGCGCUACCACUUACCUGUCCCUCGGCCGCACGUCGCAAGCUACCUCCGACUUUAACACCGUCCUAAACCUGAGACCGGACUUCGAGGGCGCACAUCUCCAACUCGGCAAGAUUAAAGCCAAAAGUGCCGACUGGGAUGGCGCCAAAGCACAUUAUAUCUCGGCCAAGCACAAGCCGGGCUCUUCUGAAUUCGACAGACUCACAGAAGCCCAGGGUGCUGCCAAAUUAGCAGAAGUCGCUGCACAGAGCGGAAAUUGGGACGAAUGUAUCACUCAAGCUGGCGAGGCCAUCUAUGUCGCAAACCGAGCGCCUAACCUUCGAGAACUGCGCGUCAAGUGUCGUUUUGAGAAAGGAGAAGUCGAAGAAGGAAUGGGCGACUUACAUCACAUUCUACAGAUGAAGGCAGGCGAUACUACGCCGUAUCUACAGAUCUCUGCCACCACCUUCUAUGGUUUAGGAGACUUGGAACAGGGUAUGACACAGAUCAAGAAAUGUUUGCACUCAGAUCCCGAAUCCAAGUCUUGCAAGAAACUGCUGAAGCAAGAGAAGAAUGUGGACAAGACGUUAACCAAGGUCAACAAGGCUCUUGAGAGAAACCAGCCCAUGACUGGAGUCAAGUUGUUAGUGCCAUCUGGUGAAGACCAAGGCCUGAUCCACGAGGUGGAAGAGCAAGUCAAGGAGUUGAAGAAGGAUGGCAUCAUUCCAGAACGCGCACCGAAUGUGUUAUUGGCCAGGCUGGUUGAAACAGCCUGCCAAGCUUACUACGAGGCGAAUGCGAAGAAGGCAAGCACGUAUUGCGCGAAGUCUUUGGAGUUGAAUCAGGAUUCGUUCUAUGGUCUCUUGUACAAGGCCAAGUCACAAUUAGAAGCAGAAGACUUUGAGCCUUGUAUCGCAACGCUCAAGAAAGCCGCGGAGGUUAGACCUGACAAGAACGACGUGGUCAACCCCUUGAUGCAGAAAGCCGAGGUAGCCCUCAAGCGUAGCAAGACCAAGGAUUACUACAAGGUUCUCGGUGUUGCCCACGACGCAGAUGAGCGACAAGUCAAGUCAGCCUACCGAAAACUAACCAAGAUACAUCAUCCGGACAAGGCGAUCCAGCAAGGCUUGACCAAGGAGGAGGCGGAGAAGAAGAUGGCGAGCAUCAACGAAGCAUACGAGGUCCUGAGCAACCCGGAGCUGCGCGCGCGCUUCGAUAGGGGUGACGACCCCAACUCUCACGAACAGCAGAACCCCUUCCAACAAGGCAACCCGUUCGGCGGCGGCGGCAGUCCAUUUAUGUUCCAGCAAGGCGGACGUCAGCAGUUCCAGUUCAAAUUCGGAUCCGGAGGCGGUGGAUUCCCGGGUGGGUUCCCAUUCGGCUAAGACAUGCAUUUCAAGACAAAAGACAAGGGAGAGGUCUCGCAUGGCAAUGGAUCAUUGGAGUUUUGUGGAGUUUUUUUUUUUUUUUUUUUUCGUCUGCCUCUUUUUGAUGGCACAUCAUGGUGCAUACCUAGGUAUGUAUGCAUGCAUGGUAGUAAAUACAGAUAUCUAUUUAGCCAGCCAAGCCAGUUUUUGAAGAUUUUAUUCCCGGUCUUGUCAGAUGUGCUGGUCUGUUGGGAUUAGGUACAUACAUACUGGUAAUGUCCUGCUUGGGGAUUAUAGUCGUGGCGUCCUUGACCCCCCCUUUUCCAUCCUCGUCUCGGGGACGAUGUAGAUAGGUAAGUUUGUCUAGUGUACUGUAGGACUACGAUUUCGAGUUGUCACUUUUAAUCAAACUUCGUGUGGUGAUA